UUUUCAUGCAUCCUUCCAGGUUCUCUGGUUUGCCUCCUUUGUCUUGUUCCUAUUUCCUCCAUUUGUUCUGUUAGCCCAGCUUUCUAAUUGCUUAGCCAAGACUGAGGUCUUACAGGUAUUAUCCCGAGGCUCAGCCUUCCAUUUUGACUGCAGAAGUGCCCUUUUCCUGGAACAGAAAAAACCAAAUAUGUACGUGCUCUCUUUGUUCUCUUCCAGAAGUGGAACCUGGGCCUGGCACUGAGCUAUUGACGGCAGAGCAGCAACAAGUUUGUGAAGAAGAGUCACCCCAGUGGGAGGGCAUGGAAACCCUUACACGCUGUGUGUUUGAGUGUUCCCACGAUAGCUGGGAGCACGGAGGCCAGCUUGACAGACAGCAGGGAACUCCAGACAGACAAUUCAGUUCCAUGAGGACCAGUUGUGAAGAAAUGCCCCCUUUCCACCAGCAGAAAUCCAUUACAUUUUACCAGAAAAUCCACGCUGCCAAAAAACCCUUUGGAUAUGAGUGUGGAAGAGAAUUCUGGCCAGAGGAGUUCCUUAUUAACCAUGAAGGGAUUCAUACUAAUGAGAAACCUUAUAAGUGUAAGGAAUGUGGGAAAGCCUUUAAAUAUGGCUCACGCCUAAUUCAGCAUGAGAACACUCACUCUGGCAAGAAACCCUAUGAAUGUACGGAAUGUGGGAAGGCCUUCAAUUCUUGUUCAAAUUUCAUACAGCAUCGGAGGGUUCACACUGGCGAGAAACCCUAUCAGUGUAAGGAUUGUACAAAGGCCUUUAGUCGAAGCUCUCAGCUGAUAGAACACCAGCGCAUUCACACGGGCGAGAAACCCUAUCAGUGUAAGGACUGUGGCAAGGCCUUCAAUCGGAUCUCACAUCUUAAAGUGCAUCAUAGAAUCCAUACUGGUGAGAAACCGUAUGCAUGCAAGGACUGCGGGAAGGCCUUCAGCCAUCGCUCUCAGCUGACUCAACAUCAGACAAGUCACACUGGCAGGAAGCUCUAUGAAUGUAAGGAGUGUGGGGAAGCCUUCAAUCAGGGCUCAACUCUCAUCCGACACCAGAGAAUCCACACGGGUGAGAAGCCCUAUGAAUGUACGGUUUGCGGGAAGGCCUUCAGGGUGAGCUCACAACUGAAGCAACAUCAGAGUAUCCACACCGGGGAGAAACCUUACCAAUGUAAGGUGUGCAGUAGGGCCUUCAAACGGGUGGCACAUCUGACUGUACAUUACAGAAUCCAUGCGGGUGAGAAACCAUAUGAAUGUAAGGAGUGUGGGAAGGCCGUUAGUCACUGCUCACAGCUGAUUCAACAUCAGCUCAUUCAUCCCGUGGAAAAGCCCUAUAAGGAAUGUGGGGAGUGUGGCAAGAAGCUCUCAAAAAACUCAGUGGUAGUUAAGCACCCAGGAAUCUAUGCAGGGAAAAAACUUUUCAAAUGUAAUGAAUGCAAGAAAACUUUCACGCAGAGUUCAUCCCUUACAGUUCAUCAGAGAAUUCAUACUGGAGAGAAACCCUAUAAGUGUAACCAAUGUGGGAAAGCCUUCAGUGACGGCUCAUCCUUUGCACGACAUCAGAGGUGUCACACUGGCAAUAAGCCCUAUGAAUGUAUCGAAUGUGGGAAAGCCUUCAUACAGAACACAUCCCUUAUCCGACACUGGAGGUAUUACCAUACUGGGGAGAAACCUUUUGAUUGCAUUGACUGUGGCAAAGCCUUCAGUGAUCACAUAGGACUUAGUCAGCAUAGAAGGAUUCAUACUGGAGAAAAACCUUAUAAGUGUGAUGUGUGUGACAAAUCCUUUAGGUAUGGCUCAUCCCUUACUGUGCAUCAAAGGAUCCAUACUGGAGAAAAACCCUAUGAAUGUGACGUUUGUAGGAAAGCCUUCAGCCACCAUGCAUCCCUCACACAACAUCAAAGAGUGCAUUCUGGAGAAAAGCCUUUUCAGUGUAAAGAAUGUGGGAAAGCGUUUCGGCAGAAUAUACACCUUGCUAGUCAUUUGAGGAUUCACACUGGAGAGAAGCCUUUUGAAUGCGGAGAAUGUGGGAAAUCCUUCAGCAUCAGCUCACAGCUUGCUACUCACCAGCGAAUUCAUACCGGAGAGAAACCCUAUGGGUGUAAGGUGUGCAGUAAAGCCUUCACCCAGAAGGCUCACCUUGCCCAGCAUCAGAAAGUCCACACAGGAGAGAAACCCUAUGAGUGUAAGGAAUGCGGCAAAGCCUUCAGCCAGACCACACACCUUAUUCAACACCAGCGGGUUCAUACCGGAGAGAAGCCCUAUAAGUGUACUGAAUGUGGGAAGGCCUUUGGUGACAAUUCGUCCUGUACUCAACAUCAGCGACUUCACACUGGCCAGAGACCUUAUGAAUGCAUUGAGUGUGGGAAGGCAUUCAAGACAAAGUCGUCCCUGAUUUGUCAUCAAAGAAGUCACACUGGAGAGAAACCUUAUGAAUGCAGUGUGUGUGGCAAAGCCUUUAGCCAUCGUCAAUCCCUUAGUGUUCACCAGAGAAUUCAUUCGGGAAAGAAACCAUAUGAAUGUAAAGAAUGCAGAAAAACCUUUAUCCAAAUUGGACACCUGAAUCAGCACAAAAGGGUUCAUACUGGAGAGAGGUCCUAUAACUAUAAGCGAAGUAAGAAAGUCUUUAGGCAGACUUCACCCUUUGCUCGUCACCAGAGAAUUCUUUCUGGAGAGUCAUCCACACGCCCUCCCUCUUCAAAUCCCGUGGAUCUGUUUCCCAAAUUUCUCUGGAACCCAUCCUCUCUGUCAUCACCUUAAUCUCAAGACAUCACCACUGCACCUCGAUUACGUCAAUAGUUUAAAAACUGAUGUCUCUCCACUUUUGUUUUUGUCUCUUAGAAACUUAUUCUUCACUUUACAACCAGAGUGGUUUUUAGGGUAAUUCUUUGACUCGUGUAAAAUUUGCACUGAGCUUGUUGGUUAAUGCAUUCCAUCUGCUUAGCAAAGUGUCUGGGCCAUGCUAGCUGUUCAACAAUGUUAGUGCUUUUAGCAACAUCAUUUUAGGACACAGUAGAAUGAACAUAGACUGCUCUGAAUAUCGAUGCCUAAAACAAGGCUAGGAGAACUCAGACUAUGGAACCAGGAGUUCUUGAGAUGAAUUAGUGAGGUUUAGCCUCUGUGGUUUUGAAACUUGGUUCUACAAUGUUCAUUUAGCACUGUGGCUUUCUAAACAUAAGGUGCUGUGACCUGUUAGCUGAUUCAACCUUACUGUAUGGCUGACAAUAAUAUGGGUCAGGGGGACUACCUUGAACAAAAGAACGAAAGAAAUCAGAAAACUCCAAAAUGAAUGUGCAUAGAGUCAAAUGUACUGACAUGUUCCCCAAUAAAAAAUAACAGAACCUUUUCUGUUUAAAGUCACAUAGGUUUAAGUUGAACUUUUAAGAAUCAAUUAAGUCCUUAAUUCAAAUGUAAACUCAUAUAGAGCAGAGUUCAGCAAAUUAAGACUUAUGGCCAAAUUUCCAUGUGCUGUUUUCGAAUGGGAGUCCCUGGGUCGUACAGAUACAGUUAAUGCACUCAGCUAACUGAAAGUUGAAGGUCCAUCCAGAGGCACGUAGGGAGAAAGGCCUGAUAACACACCUAUAAAAAUCAACCACUGAACACCCUGAGAAGCACAGUUCUAUUUUGGCACACACGGUCACCAUGAGUCAAACUUGAUCUGAUGACAAAUGGUAGUUGGUGUUUGUAUGAUCCAUAAACUAAGAAUAGUUUUCUUAAUAUUCUUAAGUGUUUGAUAAAAGUGGAAAAAUAGUAUCUAGGACAACAUGGAAAGUCUGUAAUGUUUCAGUGUCCUAAAUAAAAUUAUUUCCUGGAACAUG